GUGGAGUUCAUGUAUAUUUAGUGUGUUCUUCUCUUUUUACAGUGAACUAGAAGAAGCCACCAGUGAGAAGAAACAAACCUGUGAUUCCUGGUUGGACUCUAUUAUUCAUCCAGAACAUUUCUGUUCCUGAAACACCAGGAUAAUGGCCAAUAAGAAAAAAGUAGUGGUGACAGGGUUUGAGCCCUUUGGUGAGCAUGCUGUGAACUCGAGUUGGGUGGCAGUCCAGGAAUUGCAGCGAUUAGGACUGGGGGAGAUGGUAGAUCUUCACGUGUGUGAGCUGCCUGUUGAUUAUCAGGCUGUUCAAGACAUUUUACCGUCUCUGUGGAAAGAACAUCAGCCCCAGCUAGCUGUCCAUGUAGGUGUUUCUGGGAUUGCAACCUCAGUCACUUUGGAGCAGUGUGGCCACAACAUGGGCUAUACACGUGUGGACAACCGCAGUUUCUGCCCUGCCUCCCACUGCUGCAUGGAGAACGGACCAGACUACAUAAAAUCAGUUAUAGACAUGGACACGGUGUGCAAAAGGGUCAACGGGUCAAACGUCGGGAUAACUGUGUCUGUAUCUAAGGAUGCUGGAAGGUAUCUUUGUGAUUACACCUACUACACCUCACUGCAUCAAGGCCAGGGGUGCUCUGCGUUUGUCCAUGUGCCUCCAUUAGGGGGACCCUACAGCAGUGAGGAGCUAGGCAGAGGCCUUCAGGCUGUUGUAAAGGAAAUGCUGAACUUACUUGAGGUUGAUUACAAUGAAUGGGGAAAAAGAGAACAAACAUUGCCAUCAUAAGCAAUGACACUAAACAGGAGCCUUACUAACCCACUUACAUUUUGUAGAAAUUAAUGAAAAGAGUUGAUUUUGUUGUAUGAUUAAAAAAAGUCAAAACAACAAGUGGAGACUGCAAUAGUGAUUUGUAUAUAUCACUAGUUUAAGGUAAUACAAGCAUGAAUUUUUCACUUUAGUUCAUUUUUUAAGUGCUUAGCACAAUCUAUCAGUGACAGCAGUGUAAAGGCACAAUAAUCUCAGGGAAACUGCAAUGGAAUCAGCACUGUGCACUUGACCUAAUAAAUGUGCUCGUUAUUAUGUAUUUAUUGUCACAUUGCAAAGCAAAUCAGAUACAUUACUGUGAAGAAAUAAAGUACUUGUUGGUGUAUAUUUUUUGUGGUUAUCUCUUGUGCUUGUUGGUUAUUUAAUAACGUAUGGAGCAUUAUUAGCCUUCAACAUAAACAUCCUGCAUGUACAACAACAACAGUCUCCCUGCUGGCCAGGUUGGGAGAUAUGAAAAUUUGGGCCAGUAUCACUGUCUGAUAAUAGUACUGUUAUUUUAGCCAAUAAUAUUUACAAAUAUCAUAUGUACUAUAGUUUUCUAUAUCUUCGACCAUGUUGAAUACAUUGCUUCUCAGUAUCAGUUCAACAGAACCUCCAGGUUCCGGUUCUGAUGGAUUAAAUAAACAAAAAAAUUAACACUUUCAGUGAAGUAAAUAAUGAGCCAAUCAAUGAUUGCAGUCAGUUGUCAGUGAAGUGGUUUCAGUGCUGCUGUCAUGUUUGGAUCUAGUUUUUUAACCCACAUGCAGAACACGACAGGAGUAAAGAAAUCAGUAGUAUAAUGUUUAUUGAAUACAUCUGAGCAAAAUAAGAUGGAUCAGGGUCUUUCCGGGGGGCGGGGGGAAUCACGGAGUAGCUGGCAUACUGGAGGACAACAGAUAAAAUGUUGAGUUCAAGGUUGUAGGAAAUGACAGCUACAUGGGUACUACUGGAACGGUCUUACUUAUGUUGUCAAAUAAUGACUGCUGGGAGAGGGUAGGCUGCGGGCUCGGGGUUCGUCUCCUAUUUUGCAGGUCCUGGGAGGUGAUCUGGAUUCCAGAGUACUGCUCGAUGGGGGUGGUUCCGGGUUGCUACGUGGAGGCUGCGGUGGAGGACGGACAGGUAGAUCCAGGCGUGGAGGGAGGCAGAGGAGCGGUCCUACUGCUAACUGGCAGGUCCGGGUUCGGCUUGAGAUCCAACUGAGGAGAUGGAAGUGGGACUCGGGCAACCAGUGGGUAUUCACCACGGCGUCACGAGGAUGGGUUAUCCAAAGGGCCAGAACGAGAUCUUUACGAGGAGAUCACACGGCGUCGCUAGGAACACCUGGGAACAGGGAGGCAACAAAGGAUUACUUAGAGAAGAUUCGCUAGGAGAAAACACAGAGAGUAACUCCGGGUAGGCUCAAGGUACCAUCACUGGCAAACACUCAGGUGAAGAAGUGCAGUCAGUCCUCUUCUCUGAAACCUCAGGAUGAUUAGAUGAUGACCAACAGGUGUGCUGAACCGCAGGUAACGCCCUGCCCGGGAGGCAGCCUCUGGCGCUAUCCGGUGGACAACCAACGGAACCACAGACGAACAAAAAGGAAAAGAAAACCCCAAAAAGGACAAAAAAAAAAAAAACGAUACCUAACAGCUGCACCCUGCUUGGUGCUGCUAGUUCUAGUACGGACAUCUGAGAACAGCCGGGCUGAGCCGCGCCGGAUUUACUAAUGGAAAACAAAUCCGGCCGAGGCGGACCGGAACCGAAUCGGUUAGAGACGGGCUAAUGGAACAGCGCCUAAAGAAACAAUGUCUUUGUGGGUCGAGAAUCCACAAGUCUGUGGUAUUCAUCAUGAAGACCCAGAGACACUCAUUCUCAAUUAGCUCUAAUAAAUCUGGAUCUGCAUCAGUUUACCAACCAGUCCACAUAUGAAGCAUAAUUAAGCUAUGUUAAAACUAUUUUCAUAUUAAAAAAAAUCAAUCUGAA